AUGGCCGAGGGGGUUGGGGACAGCCGGGGUGACCCCCGUGUCACCUCCGGGGGGGUUGUGGACACCCGCGGUGACCCCCGUGUCACCUCCGGGGGGGUUGUGGACACCCGCGGUGACCCCCGUGUCACCCCCGAGGGGGUUGUGGACACCCGCGGUGACCCCCGUGUCACACCCGAGGGAGUUGGGGACACCCGCGAGCUGCCCCAGCGGGUGCUGCUGGAGCCGGUGGCGGCGGUGGCAGUUGGGGACAGCCGGAACCUGACGUGUCGCGUGCUGGAGGUGGCACCGCUGCGGAACCUGACGGUGACCCUGCGGCGCGGAACCGAAACGCUGCGCACCGAGAGCUUCGGCGACACCGAGGGCAGCGCCAGCGUGGCCGUGAGUCACCUGCUGACCGCCACCCGCGGUGACCACGGCCAGGAUGUCACCUGCCACGCCGAGCUGUCCCUCAGGCCACACGGGCCGCUCUUCGCCAGAGCCGCCGUCCCCGUCACGCUCUCGGUGUUCGCUCUCCCGGAGCCUCCUCAGCUCCAGGUCCCCUCAAUCCUCGAGGCCGGAGCCGCUGUCACCGCCAGCUGCCGCAUCCCCGGCGCUUUCCCUGCCGGGGACACCCGCGUCACCGCCUCGCUGGACCGGGAGCCGCUGAACCUCACGGUGACGGUCACCGGGGACACGGUGACAGCCAGCACCGAGCUGGCCCCGCUCCUCCCGGGCCCGCGGCUCCUCAGCUGCACGGCCGCGGUGGCCACGGCGGCGAGGACGGCGCGGCGGCAGCUCCACGUUUACCGAUUCCCAGCGCCCGUCCUGGAGCUGAGCCCGGCCUCUGCCGCUGCGGGCAGCGAGGUGACCGUCACUUGUCGCACCGGGGCCACCGAGCCUCCCUCGGCGCGGCUGCAGCUCCGCGACACCCACGGCCGGGUCCUGGCGGAGGGGCCGCAGCCCCGGUUGAACCUCACGGUACCGGCCCGGCGCCACGACAACGGCCGCCGGUUCCGGUGCCGCUCCAGCCUGGCGGUGGGCGACAGCGAGGUGACAAAAGAGGCCGAAGCUCGGCUGGAGGUGCUCUAUCUCCCGGAAUUCCCGGCCGGCGGCUGCCCCGGGAACCGCACGUGGCUGCGGGGGACGCGGGAGGCGCUCCGGUGCCUCGCCACCGGCAACCCCGAGCCCACCGUGGUGUGCGGCCGGCGCGGAGCGCCCGUGGCUACCGGAGAGGCGGAACCGGUGACCCGAGCCCGGGCCGGGAUUUACCUGUGCAACGCCACCAACGCCUUGGGGACACGGAGCCGCCGCGUCACCGUGAGAGUGGAGUACGAGCCCACGAUGUCCGAGUCGGGGUGUCCGGCACGCCGGGUGUGGCUGGAGGGACAGCGGAGGCAGCUGGAGUGUCGCGCCGAUGGGGACCCCGCGCCCAGCACGCGC